UCGACACCACCAACAGGGAUGCAGCGAGGGCGCAGCGCAGCCUGAAAAUGGCACCACCACGCGUCCUGUGGAUCUAUCCAUCCCUUUCCCUCCUGUGCUCCCUGCUCCUUUUUCACGCGUUGUCGCCGGUGCGAGCCUUACGGAAUUACCCGGAGAAUGAAGUUACGUUGCUUGACUCCAUGUCGGCCCUGGCUGACCUGGGCUGGGAGGCGUAUCCUAAUGAGGGGUGGGAGGAGAUCAGUGUGAUGGACGAGAGGAACACUCCAAUGAGAACCUACCAGGUGUGCAACGUCAUGGAGGCCAACCAGAACAACUGGCUGAGGACGCGUCACAUCAGUCGGGAAGGAGCGCAGCGAGUCUACAUUGAGAUCAAGUUCACCCUGAGGGACUGUAAUAGUCUGCCGGGGGUCCCUGGUACUUGCAAGGAGACAUUCAACAUGUACUACUACGAGUCCAACAACCCUAACCUGUGGUUCAUUAAGGAGAGCCAGUACCUCAAGAUUGAUACCAUUGCUGCAGAUGAGAGCUUUACGCAGGUGGAUGUUGGCGAUCGAGUCAUGAAGCUAAACACGGAGGUGCGCGACAUCAGCAACCUGAGUAAAAAAGGCUUUUACCUGGCCUUCCAGGACCUGGGCGCCUGCAUCGCCCUGGUCUCUGUCAGAGUUUUCUACAAGAAGUGCGCCCUCACCGUGCUCAACUUGGCCCAGUUUCCUGACACAAUAACAGGUGGCGACACUGCACUGGUGGAGGUCCACGGCGUGUGUGUGAAUGCCUCCGAGGAGUUUGAGGCUCCCAAGAUGUACUGUAGCGCAGACGGAGGCUGGCUCGUUCCCAUCGGGAGAUGCGUGUGCAAACCAGGCUUCGAGGAGAACAAGGACGUCUGCCAGCCAUGCAGACCUGGUGCCUACAAAGCUUCAGCCACGGACGCCUACUGCACCAAAUGUCCUCCUCACAGCUCGUCCCCGCAGGAACAAGCGGUCGAAUGUGUCUGUGACAAAAGCUUCUACCGCGCUGAGACGGACCCGCGCUCCAUGGCCUGCACCCGUCCCCCAUCUGCACCAGAGCACCCCAUCUCCACAGCGAAUGAGACCUGUGUGACCCUGGAGUGGUCCCCACCCAGGGAGACAGGAGGCCGAGGAGACAUCACCUACAGUCUCCACUGCAGGAAGUGUUCCGACGAUGGCAAGAAGUGCGCACCGUGUGGUAGCAGUGUCCAUUUCGUCCCCCGACAGUUUGGUCUCUCCUCAACCACCGUGUUAGUCACUGACCUGCAGCCAGACUCCAACUACAGCUUCACCAUCGAGAGCCAGAACGGAGUGUCAGACCUAAGUCCAACACCGAGAGGAACAGUGGUUAUCAAUGUCACCACGUCACAAACAGUGAGCGUGGUGUUGAAGGAGAGGCGGAGCAAGGACAGCGUGACUUUGGCCUGGCAGGGGCCUGAGAGGCCCAACGGCGUGAUAGUGGAGUAUGAGGUCAUCUACUACGAGAAGAACCAGCGGGAGCAGAACUACACAGUACUGAAGACUCGCUCCAACAUGAUGACAGUGAUUGGGCUGAAGCCAGGGACCACCUAUGUGUUCAGGGUCAGAGCGCGGACCGACGGCGGCUACGGGAGCUACGGCGGAGAGAUCGAAUUGGAAACCAGCCACGAAGAUGUGCUGGCUAUCGGGGACCCUAACCAGUUCACCAUCUUGGCUGUGUCCAUCGCUGGAGGAAUCGCUCUCCUCAUCUUCCUAGUGACUUGCUUCAUUGUCAGUGGCAGGCACUGUGGAUAUAUCAAAGCCAAACAGGACCCGGAUGAGGAGAAGAUGCAGUUCCAGCACGGCCGAGUUAAGCUUCCAGGCAGCAGGACCUACAUCCAUCCUCACACCUACGAGGAUCCCAACCAGGCUGUUCGAGACUUCGCCAAAGAGAUCGAUGCUUCCAAUAUCCGUAUAGAGAGGGUCAUUGGAGCUGGCGAGUUUGGGGAAGUGUGCAGUGGUCGUCUCCGCGUGCAGGGAAAGAGGGAGAUCUACGUGGCCAUCAAGAGUCUGAAGGCGGGGUACUCGGACAAACAGAGGCGGGACUUCCUGUCCGAGGCCUCCAUCAUGGGACAGUUCGACCAUCCCAACAUCAUCAGGCUGGAGGGCGUCGUCACACGAUGUAAGCCAGUGAUGAUCAUCACAGAGUUCAUGGAAAACGGAUCCCUGGACACUUUCCUCAAGAAACAUGACGGCCAGUUCACGGUGAUCCAGCUGGUCGGCAUGCUGCGUGGCAUCGCCUCGGGCAUGAAGUACCUGUCAGACAUGAGCUACGUUCACAGAGACCUGGCCGCGCGGAACAUUCUGGUCAACAGCAACCUGGUGUGUAAGGUGUCCGACUUUGGCCUGAGUCGGGUUCUGGAGGACGACCCAGAGGCCGCCUACACGACGAGGGGAGGGAAGAUCCCCAUCAGAUGGACGGCGCCAGAGGCCAUAGCGUACAGGAAGUUCACGUCAGCCAGCGAUGUGUGGAGUUACGGCAUUGUCAUGUGGGAGGUGAUUUCGUAUGGAGAGAGACCCUACUGGGAGAUGUCCAACCAGGAUGUGAUCAAAGCAAUAGAUGAAGGCUACCGUCUUCCCGCUCCGAUGGACUGUCCGGUGGUGUUGCACCAGCUCAUGUUGGACUGCUGGGAGAAGGGACGUAGCGACAGGCCAAAGUUUGGACAGAUUGUCACAAUCCUGGACAAGCUCAUCAGAAACCCAGCCAGCCUGAGAGAGCUGGCCAACAGCUCAGCAUGUAGGGAGGAUCUGUCCACCCCAGAGUUCAGUGUGACCUCAGUGGAUGAGUGGUUGGAGGCCAUCAAGAUGGGCCAGUAUAAGGAGAACUUUUCCAGUGCUGGAUAUGUCAGUUUGGAUUCAAUCCUCUACAUCAGUGUCAGUGAACUGACGAAGAUGGAAGUGACUCUGGCUGGUCACCAGAAGAAGAUUUUGUCCAGUGUGCAGAGUUUGCAAACCCAGGGGACACACGUCCAAGUAUAACAGUGUGCACAUAAACACAGUGAGCCAAAAUGGAUGCACCUCUGAGGACGUUCACCCCCCCACCCCCCCUGCAAAAUGGAGUUGAAAUGGAUAAUCUCUGCUUGGGGCGUCCAUUGAUUUUACGGCACACUGGGACGGAGACAACAUUGACGCUUGACUCCUUCACCUUCUCGCAACCGUCUCGCAGUUUCACCCGCCCGCCCCCUUCCUUGGGCACGACCAGCUUUAGCACUCAAGAGUCCCACCAUUACGCAGCAACUGGGAGACACACCAUGUCAAACGUCCCAGGUCAUUUUACAUCAUAUCAGCUCGACAAAAGAAGAGGAACAAAAACAAAUUUAACGUUUUAAAAAAAAAAAAUGACCGAAAAAAAGAACAAAAAAAAAAAAAAAGAUUAUAAUACCAUCACUGUCUGUGAGGUGUACAUUUGGUUUCUACUGUCAUUCUUUUGAGUUUCCACCUUGAAGAGGUAAAAAGGGUCAGAAGAUAUGUAUAUGUGUAGAUAUAUGUUUAUAUGGGCUGUGUAUCCCACACUUCUAGAAAUGGACCUAACGUUUGUAUUGGUGGUGAGGUUUAUAUCACUCAACCUUAAUAUGAGUUAUUACCUGGUACUUUUAAGGCCCUUUCCAUUGCUCUCUGUAUGUAGAAAGCCAAUGAAUGAGCCACGAUUCUGAAUGAGAUGAAUGUGUGAGGGAAUGGAAAAUCUGGACCUUCAUGAAAGAUGGAAGUAUGACUCGUUCACAUAGCGUAUUUGACCAGGAAAAGGGCUUCCCUGGCAACUGCUUUCAGACACACUUCCACAGCAACUACACCCAGGGCACUUUUUCCUCACGUGUCUGCACUUAUGGAGUAACUUAGUGCAGCGUAACAGCUUAGGGUGGAGAUAGCACAGAGAUAUUUUUUACUCUUCCAGAACUGUCUAUUCCAAUCAACAUUGUCUGUUACGUGGUUACAGUCUCAUGUUGUUGGGGAUAUUUCAGCAGCCCAAGAGUUUGCCUUCCUAUGAUUCAGGUGUGUUGAUAAAGAAAUGUAUUGUGUUCUGUGGGGAGCAAAUGAGAUACAAAGGUUAUGAUAGAGAUGACGCUGUUAAGAAAGUGUAACUUGUUUUUUGCCCAGUGUUGUGCCAUGUAGAGUUUAGUAAAACGGAAAUGUUAAUCUGGGCAACAUACCAACACAUAGACUGUACGUAAAAAUGCACAUAGUCUUUCACUUCCAAAACUAACUCCCGCUCUGAAGCCUCAACAAUCACAAUUUGACUCGCACCAUGACGGUUUCUGCAACAAAAAGAUCCGACGUCACCACCAUUCGGGACGGCACCAGCGGUCAAUUACACUGGUGUCCAUGUGCCGUUCUUUAUCAUCUGUUUUCCUCUCAGUGGGGACGUGAUUUCCAAAAUUGACAUUAUGCUAAUGAGACCACUAACUCCUCAGGAAAAGGUUUACUGAUGUUAGAAAUCAAGUGAGAAGUGGGGUUAUUUUCACCGUAGACUUCCAUUGAAACAAAGAUCCAUUUGCAACCAGUGGAGAUGCCCCCUGGUGGCUUUUGAGUAUUAUGCUACUGUCCAGAAGAAUAUGUCCAGUCUUAUUUACGGUCUAUGUUCUACCACUAUUAUUCCUUUUUUUUUCCCCUUUCAUCAGCUCCCCUGACUGGAUGCUUCCAAAAAGGCCAGUCAUAAUAUAAAAUAGUGGCCAGCAGUGCCACUAAGUGAGGGCUCAAUUGAAAUGAUUUGUCUCACUCUCUUCCUCAGUCAUGCCAAGCGAUUUCAAGCGGCCCUUACUUUCGACCCCUAAACAAAUUUACAUUACAGCAAAAAAAAAGAAAAAAAAAAAAAAGCAAAGUGAUUGGUUUUGUGGUUUUUCCUCGUCAGAACGAAACAGCCGCUUAUCUCGCUAAUUGCAGAGUUACACAUGAUGGGAACCUGUUUGCGUGCACUGCCUUUCAGGCACUGAACCUGCUUUUAGUCUAAACCCCAAACCCAGUUUUAAUAUAUGUGGUACUCUAUAGGACCAACAGAUGACAUUAAGUAUAGUAUAUAUGAUUGUAUCAUAGUGUAAAAUAUGUACAGCGUUGAUUUACAAUGUUAGAAUGUUUGUAAUGAUAGCGAUGAUGAUGAUGAUGAUGAAGAUGAUGACGACUAUGGUGUACUUUUAUUGUGAAAAAGAGAUUUCUGAAGUACUUGUUCAGCAGCAGAUCGUACGGGAGGGCUUAUUCGUUGGUCUGAACAAAGGAAUGUAGCAUGGCGCGAAGCUUCAGCUUUGAUUGACAGAUGACAGUGACUGCAGUUCAUACCAUAGCGUUACAAUGAGUAGAACGUUAUUCCACUUACCGAUACACUGGCAUACCGUCUCGGGGCAGUAAUUACAUGCACAUUUUAAGCCUGAAAAUCCCUCUCUGCUACGAGGAGGGGGAAGUCAAAAGCAGUGAGGCUGCGAUGAGACGAGAGAAAUCCUCCAAUCACAUUUGAGCCAAAACUGAAUAUUUGUUAAACCCCUUUCCCCAAAAGAGCAACGGUGCAGCUGUAAUUAAACAUUUGUACCUCGUCACAGCAGACCUGUCAAGCUCAUACCACAGUCAACUGUGUUGUGGUAAGAAAAAGACUUGGUUCAGUAUGUGAUAAUAAAUAGUUUUAGGGCAGGAGGGAAGCCCUGCACCUCAACAAAAAGGCUUUUUUUAUUGGAUUGGCUCGAUAAUGGCAUGGGAAAUGUAUUUCAGGACAGAAUGAGGUUAAUUUAUUGCAAAAAAAAAAAAAAAUUCUAGAAAUAAAAUUCCUUCCUCCCAAAUCUCUUUACUGUGUCAAAAAGGCUAACAGGAAAACUAAAAUUCAGGCAAAGAGAAAUGGUGAUUCUACUCAUGCUAACGCUAUGAUUUCACUCUAGCGGACUACCCUUGACCGCUGGCCUUUUAGAUGCCUUAUUUACUGAGCUAUUGUUGUUUUUCGUUGCCCUAUCAUGGUGAUAUUAAGAGUAAAGUGUAUGUACAGGUACUAUUUAUCUGUGUUCUUAAGAUGACCUCACGCCAACACCCUGGUUUUGUGACAUCCCUCAGAGAGAACCCCCCCCCCCCCCCCACUCCCAACAGCAUUUUCACAUUUUCUUCUCAAAUCUCUUACAGCAGGAAAACAAGUGCUAAUAAUGGCUGUGAUUUGUCAAAGUCAAAACACUAUGUCAAAUAUCACCCAAAAAUCUGGGUAGACGAGCUUCUUCAACACUCCCAUUUUAGACAUUUAAAAAUACAGGAGCCACUUUGGUGUCAGCUCUCAAAAUCCUGCAGGUCUGUGCCACUAUCCACCCCAUAAAAGUGAAAUGUGUCGGUUGCUUUGCUUGAUCUGGAAUAUGACGUUUCUCCAUGUCCCCGACGGUCUGUAUUGUAAAUCUUCAUGAGUGACUCUCAUUUGAGGCUUUCUCUUUUCUCGACUCCCUCCCUCGCCCUCUUUCUUUGGCCAUCGUACAGUGCUUCUUUGUCCCCAUGCCAGUUUCCUCUGCGUUGCUUGUUGUAAAGGGUGUAGGCAUUCUAAUGUCUUUCAUGUUGCUGUAAUAAAUAUGCUAAUAUUUCUAAUUUCUCA